GCAAGCUCCUCGUCUUCCCCACGUCAUGCAUGAAUCUUGACCCUUCCUCCCAGCUCCCUUCACCUGGAUGAUCUCUGGUCGUGCAGGGCGUGUUGGAGAGCGGGCAGGAGAUCGCGGUGAAGAAGCUGUCUCUGGAGUCGCGGCAGGGGGCGCGGGAGUUCCUUAACGAGGUGCGGCUGCUGCUCAAGGUGCAGCACCGCAACCUCGUCUCCCUCCUCGGCUGCUGCGCCUCCUCCUCCGCCGCCGGGGCCGGACACAAGAUGCUCGUCUACCCAUACUUCCCCAACGGCAGCCUCGACCACUUCCUAUUCGACAGGGAGAAGAGGGUGCAGCUAGAUUGGCCAAAACGGUACCAGAUAAUCCUCGGGCUAGCAAAGGGCCUCCUCUACCUCCAUGAAGAAUCCCCGGUGAAGAUCAUCCACAGGGACAUCAAGGCCAGCAACGUGCUCCUCGAUGACAAGCUGAACCCGAAGAUCUCAGACUUCGGCAUGGCGAGGCUCUUCCUGGAAGACGCCACGCACGUGAACACCUUCAGGAUAUCUGGCACAUACGGUUACAUGGCUCCAGAGUACGCGAUGAACGGGUACCUGUCGACGAAGACAGACGUUUUCAGUUUCGGGAUGCUUGUGCUGGAGAUAGUCAGCGGGAGGAAGAACAUCGACCGGCAUCUUGAUGCUGAAAAAGUCGACCUAUUGAAUUAUACAUGGAAGCUCUUCCAGGAGGGCCGGUCAGUGGAGAUCAUGGACCCUGACCUCUCCGGCGCCUGGGACGCCGACGAGGCGGCGCUGUGCGUGCAGCUCGGCCUGCUGUGCUGCCAGGCCCUCGUGUCGGACAGACCAGACAUGUAUAGCGUGCACCUCAUGCUGUCCAGCGACUCCUUCACGCUGCCUAAGCCCGGGAAGCCGGCCAUCCACGGCCGGGUCGGCCGCUGGAUGAGCACCAUGGCAUCGGCGGCGGCGUCCGCGUCCGUCUCUGGCUCCGGCACCAACACCAACACCACGUUCGCUACCGACACCACCAAGGCCUCGACGUUGGAGUUGGAAAAUAUUGCCGAGGACCACUCCAGGAACUCCAUUUCGGUAUCAUUCACGACGGAAGGCCGGUGAAAAUAAGACAAGGAAUCAUCAAAUGCGAUGACCGUGCAAAAAGAGACACAUAGGUUGAGUGUAGACGUGUAGUUAGUCUGGUGUACAGAUAAAUCAUUUAUGUUUCUUUA